AUGGAAACUGCAGCACAAGAGGCAGAGCUGACAGCAGUGAAGACCAGACUGGCAGCUACUGAGACUGAAGUAGUGAAUCUGGAGAAAGAGAUCACAGAGCAACCCAAGGUGGCAUUCUCAGCAGCUCUGACUGACUCAGGAUACAUAGAGUCUGGUAAUACUGAGUUGAACUUGGUCUUCACUAAAAUCAUCACCAAUGCUGGACAGGCCUACAGCAGCAUAACAGGCUUCUUCACAGCUCCAGUCAGGGGAGUCUACUACUUCAGAUUCACUGUCAUGGAUAACCCAUCUUCACGCUAUAUGCACAUCAUGAUGUAUAAGAAUUCAGAGCGGAUCAUGUAUUUAGGAGAGUAUGAUACUGAUGGAACCUGGAAUUAUCUGUCCAGUGGUGCUACUCUGCAGCUGGAGGAGGGAGAUGUAGUUAACAUGGUGCUCCCUGCAGGCCACAGGCUCUUUGAUGAUGCUAAUAAUUUCAGCACCUUCAGUGGCUUCCUGCUCUUUCCUCUCUGA